AUGGCUCUGCGACUCCUCCUGGCGACUUCUAUUCUUUUGCUUCAGGCGUUUGCGGUGCCAACUCAAGUAUCCCCGGAAGAGGAAGCGUUGAUUACACCUGCACCAACGCGCACCCUUGCUGUGUACGGAUCGUAUGCGGGAGCAAGGCGAAAUGUCAUUAGUGAUCUGGAGUCCGACGUGGACUCAUACGUGAACUCGAUUUUCAGCGAGCUGGGGACAGCUAUCCCCUCAUAUGUUUCUAAUGGGCUGCUACCCAACCUGCAGAACCUGCCCACGGGCAGUGCUGUCAUGAGCUCGGUGGGAGUGAGUAGCUCGGAUCUAGUUGCCACUCCUACGCAGGUAUUGAACAUCCCGGGCUAUGGGAAUUGGACUUCUUCUGGUUGGAAUUUGCGAAUCCACGGGAACGUGUUCAAGCAACCCAAUAUUUCCAACACUACGGUGGACCGCCUCGCCAACUUUUUCCUUAUCGGCACGAGCAUCGAGGAUCUUCAUCCAUCGCAGCAGGCCCAGGCUCGCAACGUCACAAGAGAGAUCUACGUUGUCCAGCAAGGGAAUCAAACGGUCACAAUGGAUAUCCUACCUGGUCCCGAGUUUGGCUCCAACGGACAGCCUGGGGGAGGCGGGGGCGUGACUCCAGCCGGCGGAGAGCAGGUCGUAACUCUUCCCAACCCGACAACUCCGGAGGGCGACUUUGACGCUUUCAUCCCAAUAGACAACAACUCGUUCACAUUGACUCCUGGGACCGGUGAUAUCCCCCCGCAAAGGUUGAAUGUCUACGCUCAGGGGACUGACACGGGGAAUGCCACUUCAUACCUCGUCUCCGACCAAGGUCUCACCGUCAUAUCGGACAUUGACGACAUACUACGUGUGACCAAGAUUUAUGAGCCCAAGCAAGGACUACUCAAUACUUUCGCUCUCCCGUUCACACCGUGGAUGAACAUGCCAGACAUCUACCGGAACUGGUCCGUCAGUCUGCCGAACAUGCAUUUUCACUACCUGACGACCACUCCGGAGCAAAUCACGCGCAACUACAUGCAAUUCAUCUAUGACACUUAUCCAGGUGGCAGCUUCGACACCCGACCCCUCAACUUCAGCGACGUCUCCGCGACCCUGUCCAUCAGAAAAUUCCUCCUGGACAAGAUCUUUCAAAGUUUCCCGAAUCGCAAAUUUAUCCUAGUCGCAGAUACAAGCAACUCGGACGUCAUGCGCGAUUACCCCGAGAUGGCGACACAAUACCCGGGCCAGGUUCAAUGCAUUUUCCUGCGCAAUACGUCCUCUACAGACCCCGGGGAUAAAUUUCCUUAUAACACCGAGGGCUUCAAGAACCUCAGCCAGCAGAGUUACAUGUUCUUCAAGGUGCCGGACGACUUGACAGGGCUUGAUAUUGUGAAUGGACAGUGUCUGAAUGCGACGAUUCCACAGAAUCUCACAUUUGGAUACCAAGGACUGCCGUUUGGGCUGACCACCGGCGAUGGAAAAAGUGGAGCGAGUCGACUGCUGGCUGGCGGUGGUCUGUUCGAAAGAUUUGGUGCCGUGCUGUUGUCCGUGCUGUGUGCGAUCUCUCUUCAUGUCUUAUGA